GAGGGCGACAAGACCGCCUUGGACGUCGCCCUGGAAGUGGCGGCGGAGAAGCCCGGAUCUCUCGAGGUCCUGGUCGACGUUCACGAGCAGUGCAAGGCCAGGGGCCCUCGGCGUGAUAUGGACGUGCUUCGCCGACUGCAGUCGACAGUUCAGCAGGCAAACUCCACGUCAUCGCAG